AUGACUAAUUUCAACCACGUACUAAACCAACAUGUUCAAGCGAUCAAAUAUCCGGGACGCAAACUGAACUCGACAAUUGGCACAAGGCGACGAAGGCUGCUCGUAUCUUAUGCACCAGACUGGAUCAUCACAAUAGUCAUUCUGGUUGUCUUCUUUUCCCUGAACAACAUCCAUGGAUUCAAAAGAGUGUUCUCCAUCAACGACGAAUCUUUACAUCAUCCGUUCACAGAGCAUGAGCGUGUGCCGCCCGAGGCCUUGUUCGUGAUCGCUCUGAUAGCCCCUAUCGUGCUGCAGUGGAUCCUCAACUUUAUCACCAUACGUUCUUGGUGGGACGCGCACAACAGCACUCUCGGAGUGUUUCUCUCUUUUUCUCUCGCCGGCGUAAUCACCCAGUUCACAAAGAUAACCGUUGGCCGUCCGCGUCCUGACCUCAUCGCACGAUGCAAUCCCGACCCAACCACCGUUAACCCUCCACUCGGGCUCGUCUCCGUCGAUGUCUGUCAUCAAGAGAACGCUCUGAUGCUUGAAGAUGGCUUCAGGAGCUUCCCCAGCGGCCAUUCAUCGAUGUCUUUUGCCGGCCUAGGAUUUCUUACGUUGUACCUGGCUGGCAAGCUCCACCUUUUCGACGCGCGAGGACAUGCUCCGAAGGCGUGGCUAGCCUUAACACCCCUGGCAGGCGCUGCUCUCGUUGCUAUAUCGCGCACAAUGGACUACCGCCACCAUUGGCACGACAUCGUCGUUGGCUCCGCUCUCGGACUCGCCACUGCGUACUUCUCCUACAGACAAUAUUAUCCCUCCCUCGCCUCCGAAUUCUCUCACCGUCCGUACGGCCCCCGAGUCAAGAAUGAAGAAGAUGACCCGAUCCUUCCGCAGUUUAACGAUGAUAUGGACCCAGAGAGGUCACCGCUAUACCCCAUGGACUUCGGCGAAUCGUACCGCGACGACGAUGAUGGUGCCAUCAAUGGAGCUUUGCCUCGGAGGAACGACCCUGCCUCUUAAAGACUCGAUGUCAGAGUACGGAGGUUAUGGACUUACGAGCGGAAGGCGUAAUUGCGAGGAGUUAAA